AUGCUUGCUCGCCAUGCCCUCAAGCAGCUGCGAGCCUCGUCAUCCCAGGCCACCCGUGGUUUUGCUGUUCUAACGGCCGACACGAUCAACCCUAACAUCGUCAAGGCCGAGUACGCUGUCCGUGGCGCUCUGGUGCUGCGCUCCAACGAGUACGAGAACCGUCUGGCCAAUGGUGACAAGUCACUCCCCUUCGACAAGGUCAUCCCGUGCAAUAUUGGCAACCCACAGGUGCUCAAGCAGGAGCCCAUCGAGUUCCAGCGCCAGGUGUUAGCGCUUGUUAACGUGCCGGGCCUUGUGGACCAGCCGGAGGCACAAAAACUUUUCCCGCCGGACGCUAUUGCACGCGCCAAGUUCUACAUCGACAACAUCGUGGGUGGCACUGGCGCCUAUGGCCACAGCAAGGGCUCUGCAGUUGUGCGUGAGGAGGUUGCGCGCUUCAUGCAGCGCCGCGAUGGUCACCCAGCCGACCCGGAGGACAUUUAUCUCACGGACGGUGCCAGUCCGGCUGUGCAGAACUCGCUGUUGUCUCUGAUCCGUGACGAAAACGACGCCAUCAUGGCUCCUAUCCCACAGUACCCGCUGUACUCGGCGGCCAUCGCCAUCAACGGCGGCACCUUGGUUGGCUACUACCUGGACGAGGCCAACGCUUGGGGUCUCGAUGUUGACGAGCUGGCGCGUGCUGUGAAGGAGGCCCGUGAUGCUGGCAAGUCAGUGCGUGCGAUGGCUGUGAUCAACCCUGGCAACCCCACGGGCCAGUGUCUGUCGGAGAAGAACAUCGAAGAGAUCAUCAAGUUCUGCAAGAAGGAAGACAUCUUGAUCCUGGCUGACGAAGUGUACCAAGAAAAUGUGUACGCUGAGGGAAAGAAGUUCUUCUCAUUCAAGAAGGUACUGCGCGAUAUGGGCAAGGAAUACGAUGACGUGGAGCUGAUCUCGUUCCACUCGACGUCCAAGGGCUUCACGGGCGAGUGUGGUCGCCGUGGUGGCUACAUGGAGCUGGUCAACAUUGACGAGGGUGCCAAGGACCAGUUCUAUAAGCUCAUGUCGGUGAACCUGUGCUCGAACAUCGAAGGUCAGCUGGUUGUGGGCAUGAUGACCAACCCGCCACAGCCUGGUGACGCGUCCUACGAGCGCUACGCUGAGCAGCGUGACGGUACGCUUGGAUCGCUCAAGCGCCGUGCGGAGAAGCUCGUGAAGGCCUUUAACGAGCUCGAGGGAGUGACUUGCAAUGAGACGGAGGGCGCUAUGUACACGUUCCCGAACCUGACGCUUCCACCCAAGGCUGUUGAAGCUGCUAAGGAAGCUGGCAUGGCUCCCGAUGCGUUCUACUGCACUCAAAUGCUGGACGACACGGGAAUUGUAGUUGUUCCUGGCUCGGGCUUCGGUCAGAAGGAAGGCACGUGGCACUUCCGCACCACGAUCUUGCCGCCUGAGGACGCAGUGGACGAUGUGAUCGAGAUGACGUCCAAGUUCCACGCCAAGUUCAUGGACACGUACCGGUAG